CUCCGCGUCGCCCCACAGUCCGCUCCGUGCUGCCGACGCGCACGCACGCGCAUGUCGCUCGAAUUCUUUCACGGUGAUGUGAGGUGGCCUCCGCUACCGCAGCGCUGCGCGAUAUCCGCGCUAUUUUCGCGAAAACGUACGCCAGUUGAAGGCUCGAGAGCCUUCGAGCCGGCAAGACGCCGUCCACCGUGGAUUUGAGGUACGGCGCCAUGGCGGCGACCACGUACAUGCCCGCCGAGAUGGACCUCGGAAACCUUGGCGGGUACCACGCUGCGUCGCCGCGGAGCGCCGAGCCCGCGGACAUGAAGUAUCAGCAUCAUCUGCAGACAGGAGGAUCGCCGUCGCCGGGCGCGCCCGUGCUUAGCAACCCCUGGGCGUCGCUGCCGCCGGCCGACCCCUGGUCCAUGCAUCAGCACCAUUCGCACGCGCACCAGCCGGACGUCAAGCCUCCGCCGGGGCCGCACGAUCACCGCCUGCAGCACAGCCACGGCUGGCACGCGCCCGUGGUCAGCCCGCACUACGGCGCCGGCUCCCCUGUGGCCUUACACGGCGGCUACCCCAUGCCCAUGCAUCAGCACCACAUGCUGCGGGAUGUGCAGCCCUCGCCGCAUCCCCUGCAUCAUCACCACGCAUUAGAACGCGAUCAACCGGAGGAGGACACUCCUACCAGUGACGACCUAGAGGCCUUCGCCAAACAGUUCAAACAGCGCCGUAUAAAAUUAGGCUUUACGCAAGCAGACGUAGGUUUGGCGCUCGGAACUUUAUAUGGAAAUGUGUUCUCGCAGACUACGAUCUGCAGGUUCGAGGCGCUACAGCUCAGUUUUAAAAAUAUGUGUAAGCUCAAACCGUUACUCCAAAAAUGGCUAGAAGAGGCAGAUUCAACGACGGGAAGUCCAACGAGCAUCGACAAAAUAGCUGCACAAGGCAGGAAAAGAAAGAAGCGCACGUCGAUAGAAGUGUCAGUGAAGGGGGCGUUGGAGCAGCACUUCCACAAACAGCCAAAGCCAUCAGCGCAGGAGAUCACGUCGUUAGCGGAUAGUUUGCAGCUGGAAAAAGAGGUGGUUCGAGUUUGGUUCUGUAAUAGAAGGCAGAAAGAGAAACGAAUGACGCCCCCGAACACGUUGGGAGGAGAGAUGAUGGAGGGCAUGGGCCACGCGCACUACGGCCACGGAGAUGUCCACGGCUCGCCGCUGCAGCACUCGCACUCGCCGCCAGGGCUGUCGCCGCAGCACGGGCUGCCGCAGGGCGCGCACACCUUGGCCGCACACUAACAGUUCGCCCCGUGGGCGCCGCCGCGGCCCUACUAUGCGGAGCCGCACUAGCGCCCCCGCCCGCGGGAUACCUCUGUACAUAAGUGUACAUAGCGCCAGGCCUGGACGUGCCCGCGCAGUGAACCGCCGCCGCCCCUGUACAUAUUCGGCGGCGGAACCGUGAACGCUAUGUUUAAGUUCUUUAAUUUCAGUGAAGUCAUUGAUUAAUUAUGUGAGUAGUUAAGAUCGAAGCCAGUAAUCGUUUAUAUUUUAAAACGCCGAGGUUCGGAGUGAACGCCGUUCUAGAUAGAUAGUCUAAUUGAUAAAUAAGAGCUUAAUCGGAGGAAGAGCCCGGCGUCUCGUUGCGCGGCACCCUCGUGUUGGCGGCGCGGCGAGCGGUAAGUACUCUUACACCGUACACUGACCGGUCUGCCACACUGGCCGACGGCCGCGCGCCGUCGCCGCCGACGGCGAGGAGUGCGCGCGAUUCAUUUUUGUAAAGGACGAUUUCAUCGAAUUUAUUUAUAGAUAUUAUAAAUUAACGAUGUUCAUACAUGCCUACCUGUCGUAGGGAGUCAUUGUGGUGUGGAUUAAAUUUAAAUUGUUGCUAUUACUGUAAAUUUAUGAUUAGUAAAGGAGAGUAAAAAAUAUGAAUCGGGUCGAAGCUUCGUUUUGUAAGGGAAUACGAGUGAGUCAAUAGGUGCAAUUUUUAUUUUAAGUGUUUAACGAAACGAUUGAGUGCGAGAGCCGCGUUCGUAGCACGAAGCGCCGGCCGGGCUCGGAAUGGCCACAGUGCUGUUUGUGCGUCUGAAUCCCAUUGCAUUUCAUGUAAAAAUGUUAAUCUCGCCAAAAAAACAAAUUAAGUAUGACAGUGUGAUUAAAAUAUUGCACGAAGUGAUUUGAUUUCUGUAUAAAUUGAAAAGUUAUUUUUGUGUCGGCGCGUGUUGCGAUGCGCUGGUUUUCAGACGCGCAGACUAGCGUCCAUGUAGUUGUUGUAGGACCGAGUCCGACCGGGCCGCACUCGCAGACCUAGGUCCCACACAGUAAUUUAUUGAAAAAUAUUAUUAAAAGGAUGCAGACACGAUGCCAAAAUGGUUUUAUUCCUGUUUUUUACUUGUUUUGUUGUUUUUUUUCGUUUGUAUGUAUUUGUGGCCAACCUUGGUACUUAAUACUUGUAAAAAUAGGUAUUUUUUCUAUAUAAAAAUAAUGUACCUACAACGUAUAUGAUGAUAUAUAUUAAAAAAGUUCUUUAUAGAAAUUGAAAUAUGGAAAUGACUUUUAUUCUUGUCCCAAAAGUAAAAUUCGCCUCUAUUGAUCAUUAAACACUCAUGACAUUUAAAAUUGUUACAUUUGACUUGAAUUGAGAGUGAUGGCACUUCGAGUUAGUUUUGGAACUUAGUUGAGAUAAUUUAUGAGUAGAAUGAAAAAUGUAAAUAUGUGUAGGCACGCGACCGCAUAAGGUGGAAUGAUAAAGCUAAGAUUAACAUUUUAUAAUGUUGUCGAAGUAUGUGUAAUAAAGAAGAGUAAAUAUUUUA